AUGCCUGCUCCCGUUGAGAUCGUCUCGGCCCCCGCCGUGGUGCGCAACCUGGAGGGGGACGAACAGUUUGUUCUCGACCAGUUCGAGCAGCACGCCAAUCACUGCACCCAGUGCUCGUCUGCCAUCGAGGCCCUUCAUGAUACCCUCUGCGAACGUGGUCACGCCUAUGCCGUCGACGUCACCAAUUACUUGUACAGUCAGGGUGGUAAAUACUUUGCUGCGGUCGACCGGGAGAAUGGCAAGCUGCGAAGGGUCAAGCUUCCCCGUGAAGUCAGAUCGGUUCCUCACCUCCUCGAAGGUGUCGAGUCGGGUCUGCUUCUGAAGUCCUCUCGCCGGGGCCGCACCCGUGGCGCCGUUCGUCCUCCUUCCUCUGGCAGCCUCGAUGCCCCCCGCGAAAGCUACGAUAGCAGCUAUGAAAUUCGCCCUCGUCGGUCCAACCGCGAGGCCACUGUCGAGCAAGUUCGGCCUCGUUCGUUUUCUCCCGAAGCUGAGCCUGCCUCUCCCACGAUCAUCACCCGCAAGCCUCGCAGCUCCAGCAACAGCACCAACAACAGCACCAACAACAGCGGCUACCGCGUCGUGGUUCACCAGUCUCCCCGCAGCUCCCCAAGCCGCAGCCCUGCCAGCCGUGGCUCGUUGUAUGGCUCUGACCAGCUGGACCGAGUCGAGCGACGUUACGAAUCCACCUACAUUAAGCGUCGAUCUGACUACCGUCGUUAA